AUGUCUUCAAACAGUGGUGGACUCGUCAAUGCUUACAUAACUUACCUUGCUGUCAGAAUCACGGUGUGGAUACUUUCACAAAGGCGUCACUGUAAAAUUGAAUGGGUGUGUAGGCAUUCGCCCAGUGUAUUCAUUGUUGUCUGUUCUGUUCCAUUCUGCUUGAUCUUCCAGUCUCCUUUUUAUGCGCGUAGGCGUGUCGCAAGCGACACCCCCCAUUAUGCACUUAACCGGUAUGGAGCAGGAUUAUGCACGACUUUAGUGCAACACUUGCCAAGUCGAGGUACUAUAGGGCGCGCAAUUAGAGACAGGGGGGCGCCUCUGUAUUGGCCGCCACCACUUUUGGCGACUGAUACAUGGGCGCCCGGGCGCCCAUUUAUCCUUGGGCGCCUGGGCGCGCAACUGACUAAUCACCGCUCAGGGUGCUUUCUUAUUGGCGCAUCUAACACGCGCCUUGCAGGCGCCAUACAAGUAAACAUCUCCAAUUACGGAUCAGAAAUGGCCGAGGAUACUUUCAUGGAAGAUGCCCUUCCGCGCGAAGGCAUUUACGAAUCACGCGAGGCUCUUCUCGAGGACAUUAAUUCCUGGGCGAAACCCCGUGGCUAUGCAUUUACAACUGGAAAGUCCACUAAGACUCCAAGUGGGCGAGUUAAAGUUGUCUACGCAUGUGACAGAAACAAAAAACCACCUGGCUCAUCUGAGGGACGAGUACGCCGUACUUCAAGUCGAAGAACGGAUGCAGAAUGCGCUAGGCACAACCAUCCACCAAGCGCGGACCCAUCUGCCCACCCUGCACAUCGAAGAUUUGAAGAACAAGAUGCUAUGACUGUGUCGAAACUUGCGAUAUCAGGCACUGCUCCGCGAGAAAUAGGAAGCUACCUUCACAAACAUUCUGACACCCUCGCGACGCAGCGAGAUAUAUACAAUCGGAUCGCGGCAACAAGGAGAAAUCUGCGUGAAGGCCAGAGUAGCAUCCAGGCAUUAGUUGACCAAUUACAAAGAGAAGGCUUCUCGUGCCGAGUUCGACUGGACCCAGACAAUCGAUUAACGGCUAUCUUCUUUGCUCAUCCCGAUUCCAUUGCAUAUCUUCAGUGCAAUCCAGACGUGUUGCUUCUUGACUGCACUUAUAAGACAAACAAACAUCACAUGCCACUACUUGACAUGGUUGGGGUUGACUCCUGUCAACGAUCCUUCUGCAUAGCAUUUGCCUUUCUUUUGGGUGAAACUGAGGAGGACUAUUCGUGGGCAUUGGAAAACCUUAGGUCCCUCUAUCAGCGCGAUCUUCCCUCUGUUAUAUUGACAGACAGGUGCCUUGCGGCAAUGAAUGCUGCCGCAAUUUGGUUUUCUGCGUCUAAACCCCUGCUUUGCUUAUGGCAUGUGAACAAGGCGGUACUUCAAUACUGCCGGCCAUUUUUUGUAUCGAAGGGUGGUCAAGCAACAAACGAGGCAGAGGAAGAGGCAUGGAAUGUAUUCUACGCUUCUUGGCAUUUAAUUGUGGCUUCCCCAAACGAGAAAAUAUUUAAAGAGCGCUUGGCGAAGUUUGAGCAGCAGUAUGGCGAUAAGCAUCCCGAGUCGGUGGGAUAUAUCAGAAUGUAUUGGCUUGACCCGUACAAGGAGAUGAUUGUUAAAGCAUGGGUGGAUAAACACUUGCACUUUGGCAACGUGGCCACCUCAAGGCAGGUGGCUGAAGGUAUCCAUUCAUUGAUUAAGUCGUACAUCAAGAUGUCCACGUUUGACCUCUUUGACGUGUGGCAGGCGAUAAAGCAUGCUAUUACAAACCAGCUGAAAGAACUAAAACACCUACAAGCAUCUCAGCAGCUACGCAUUCCUCUAGAUGUCUCGGGAGUAUUAUUUGAGGCCGUUCGAGGUUGGGUUUCCUGGCAAGCUCUGCGCAAAGUGCAAGACCAGCGGCAACUACUCCAAAAGCCACCUAGAGCUACUUGUAGCCAGACUUUUACGGCUUCGCAGGGUCUGCCAUGUUCCCAUACACUACAGCAGCUAGAAGAACAGAGUUGGAGUCUCUCUCUUGAGCAUUUCCAUCCACAUUGGCAUUUGAAACGUGAUGUCGCUCAGCCGCGGCCGAUUUUGGAACCAGAGCAACGGAUAAACCAAGUAAAACCGAAACUCACUCAGCCAGUAACAAGCACACGCCGCGAGCCGUGUGGUUUCGAGCGAAUUGAGGAAGGACAAAGAGCUCCUAGUAAAUGUAGCAGAUGCCACACGCUUGGUCAUAUAAUGACCUCAAGAGCGUGCCCCCUAAGGUUUAAAGGGUUAGCACCGCAAAUCGCUCAGGCGCCGGAGCCUAAGGCAAAGCUUUCCACUGGCACAAAUCCUACAGUGACUCCAAAUGCUGUUUUAGUUGAUCUUACUGCAUGCGAUUCGGCAGCAGGGCAUGCGACUCCUUCAAUUGCUAGGGAUACAUCGCCUUCUAAAACUCACCAGGGCUUGCUUUCAGUCGUACCGACGUUAUUGGUAUCUUCACCUCCCGUGCUGGAUAUGUCAACUGCUUCUGACUAUCCCAUGAUGGCUUCUAACCCGAAGCAGCCUUUACCAACGUCUACGGACAAGGAAGCGCUCCAGAAGGAGCCUUUAAUUCGUCAAGCACCUGCGCAACCCCGGCAGCAAUACGAUUCUCCAGAGGCCAUUUAUGCGCGAUAUAUCUCCGCAAGAAGUACAUGGUAUGAGGCGCAACCUGCUGGCAGCAUCAGAACCAAUCAGCAAUAUCGGAAGGCCAUGGGGCUUCCACAAAGAUAUAAUAGGCAAAGUUAUAACUGGUGCCUAGACUACAAACAAAUGUCCAAGCGGUGCAUCAAUACAGCGGGGUCUAGGGAAUGGACGAGAGAGGAGAUGAUGGCGUAUUUAGAUUGGAGCAAGGCGGAAGACGAACGCAUUGAGGCUGUAGUAACAAAAGAGCUGCAUAAUAGCCCCUUAGCGGGGAAGAGGAGAGGGAUGAAAGACAUAUGGAGAAGCGUAGAAAGGGAUAGUAAAGAGCAGCAGGAGUUACACUCAAGGGCGAGUGAGGUAGGCGAGUGUAUAGUGGUAAAGCCAUAA